CAGCAUUGAAAGGCAGGUCUGUGUAUGCCAUUGCACGAGUGACGACCAGCCCCGGGGAAAAUCCGCACCUCCAUCCAUCUACGUCCAUCGUUUCGUCACAUCACGGCGCAGAUCUCAUCCACCUCCAUCCAUCUAUCUCCAUGUAGCUGAGGCUGCUACGGCUCACCUGGAUCAUGAAGGACGGCAAGGCGUCGACGGUGCUCAAGGCCUGCAGCUCCUCCAUCUCGUUGGUCCUGCUGUCCAUUUUACUGCUGCGAGUGAGCCUACCGCUGGUCUAUUAUCCCCCUUGGGCGCAGCAGACAGCCGCUGCUGAUGGCGCACUUCUACCAUGCCAUCGGCACUUCCACGCCUACCUCCUGACCAUCAAUCUCCAGCUCUCCAGCGGCAACUUCUCCCUCUACCGUGAUAGCAGCUUGUCAGCUGACGCCGACACACAUGCCCUGCAGAUCACCCACGCAACCAAGACAUUCCUCCUCUUCGUGACGGCCACCGACAGCGACCAUCGCGGCACCUGCAUCCGAUUUGCUGCGGCCUGGCUCAGCUACUUGUGUCUGGCGGUUGCCUUCCUCGCCGGAUGGGUGCUGCGGGACCCCUGCAGCGGCAAAAGGCGGGAGAUAGAGCGGGUGAGAGGCGACAGUAGGGAGCUGGUGGUGUGGCGUCGGAUCGCACAUGUGCUGGACAAAGCCCUGAGCAAGUAUGAGAAGGUCCACACGAGGGGGAGGGACAGGCGUCAAGGACGAUGUAGCCUACCGGCCGACAGCCAUUGCAGUCGUGAUAGGUAAGAAUCAGCACCCCCACACCACUCACAGGCAGGGCAGGGGGAGGGAUUGAGAAGGCAUGUUUGCUGUUGUUGUUGUUGUCGUUGUUGUUGUUGCAGUAAUAUGGCGGCUGAGCCAUCAUCGUGUGCGGACGUGGCACGGUGGGCGAAACAGGCGACAUCGUGUGGACAAUGGACAUCAAGUGUGCUGUCCUUUUCGGCUGCUGCCAGUCUCGAGGCGCGUGUGCGUGAGCGUAGUGAGCGUGUCCAGGCGCUGGAAGCAGAGCGACAUGCACUACUGCAGCAGCUCCAGAGCCGAGAGGAACAAUACCGUGAUCAGUGCAGCAAGUGAGAGGAGACGAACAUGGUUGUUUCUCUGCAUGUCUUUCUUCCCCUCAGGUAUGAGUAUGAGCUGCUGUCGUCGAUAGAGAGGACCAAGGAGCUGUCACGUCGACUGAAUGAGGCGAACGCCGUCAUAGCCGAGAGCAACGCGAGAGUGCAGAUGCUAGUGCAGGCACACCAAACCGAGAAUGCCCGGUGGGUGGGGUGGUCGGGUGGAUGAGACAUGCAACCACACACACACAUAUCGAGCAUUCAUGGUGGGGUCGUGUUGUGUUGUGUUAUGUGCCUGCACCCCUGCAGCCUCCGUGACAGCAACCACAGGCGGUGGCUGCGCGUCCAGGAGCUGCACCAAGAACUCGCCCUCAUGCAGUCACACAUGCAGGAGUCAGCACACACCACAUCCAUCCAUCCAUCCAUCUGUGAGCACUGAUUUCUUGUUCUAUUAUUCUCUGUGUGGUGUCAUGUUAGGCGUGAGGCCGACGUGCAGGCCAAGGAGGCCCUUCUGAGUAGAUGCCCACACGAGCUGAGCCCGUCUGCGGCCCUCAUCAAGCAGCUGGCCAACGACGAGACGUAGUCAUGUGGCUGACUUGCCCAAUAUGGAAGGAUGCGGGGGAGAUGGAUGGAUGAUAGCAGUAGGGUGGUGGGGGUGUUGACGGAUGCCUGUGGAUAGAUAGUUGGUGGCCCCGUGGUGGGUGAGCGGGUGAGACAGACAUGCAUGAUCUGAUCGGGACGGCGGCAUUGAAGGCAGAAUG